AUGGAGUCGUGGCCGGGCGGUGAUAUGCCAGCUUCGAUUGAAGCCGAGCUUCCAAUUGAGCUGGAAGGUGCGGCUGCGAGUAAUCUUCCGACCCAUGCGACUCCUACAACGUUCGAUAUUUACAUCUGCAACAUCCCUAGCGAAAGCCAACAGCAAGAAACAUUCAACCCCGAGUCUGAGAUUCUAGGUACUAGCGGGAUCCCGUCUGCUACUCUUCAGGAUAUAAUCGAAGCAAAUGAUUCUCUGUAG